AUGGAUAAACUUUGCACAGAGACGCCAGCCGAGAGGGAUAGAAGACAUAAACGAUCCGAUAAAAUCUCCUCCUUGCUAGGUCAAUACCUUCUUAAGGGCUGGAGGAUGCUUGAGGACUGUUGUCCAGUUUGCGAUACCAUACUGCUAAUGAGCAAGGAUGGAGCCCUAUAUUGUGUGGGCUGCUCUGAAGUCGAUAUCCAGCCUUUGCAGAAGGUCGGGGCUGCCGCAAUUGAGCCUUCUAAGUUAAAUGGAAACGACGAAAACGAAACCUCACCUUCACCUCCAAAACUUCCUGCAACGUUCGUGGAGUCUGAAGCUCCGACAAAUGGAUCCUUGGAAACAAGCAUUAAUCUACAAUCAGUUGAGUCCAUUCUUCACAGGAAGAUUGUUGACUGCUCCCAACAAUUGACUAAGGCUGCCGACCUGGAGGAAAUCCGUCGCCUCGCCGUUUCUAUUAAAGCCCUCUCCGAGGCCUUUAUUGUUGUCCGAAAUUGUUUGCAUCCCUGA